AUGGCUGAAAUAUUGGUCUCAGUUUCUGCAGAUACGGAAGUAAAAUUUGAAAGGGAUGAAGUUGAACCCAAGACUAUUCCUCUACCUGGAACUGGACAGAAAAUAUAUGAAAUUGAUCCACUUUUGCAACCUCACCGUGAGCAUCUUGAUUUCCAUGCCACUGGCAUUACUAACAGAGAGUGGGCACCUGAAGCUAAGUCUGCCUCGUUGAUUGGAAGCUUCAACAACUGGAAUCCUAAUGCAGAUGUAAUGACACAGAAUGAGUUUGGGGUGUGGGAGGUCUUCCUGCCAAACAACAUAGAUGGUUCGCCUCUAAUUCCUCAUGGUACUCGAGUGAAGCUCCGCAUGGAUACUCCAUUUGGCAUUAAGGACUCAAUUCCUGCUUGGAUCAAGUACUCUGUGCAGGCUGAGGGUGAAAUUCCUUAUAAUGGUAUAUACUAUGAUCCGCCAGAAGAGGAAAGGUAUGUCUUCAAACAUCCAUGGCCAAGGAGACCUAAAUCACUUAGAAUAUACGAGUCACAUGUUGGAAUGAGUAGUCCGGAGCCAAAAAUCAACACAUAUGCCAAUUUUAGAGAUGAUGUUUUGCCCCGCAUAAAGGCGGUCCAGAUUAUGGCCAUCCAAGAGCAUUCUUAUUAUGCUAGCUUUGGGUAUCAUGUUACAAAUUUCUUUGCACCAAGUAGCCGGUUUGGAACACCUGAUGAACUGAAGUCUUUGAUUGGUAGAGCUCAUGAGCUAGGUCUGCUUGUUUUGACACAGGUAAGUCAUGCAUCAAAUAAUACAUUGGAUGGACUGAACGUGUUUGAUGGAUCUGAUAGUCAAUACUUCCAUUCGGGGUCACGGGGCUAUCAUUGGACGUGGGAUUCUCGCCUUUUUAACUAUGGAAGUUGGGAAGUGCUAAGAUUUCUAAUCUCAAAUGUGAGAUGGUGGCUGGAUGAAUAUAAUUUUGACGGGUUUCGAUUUGAGGGUGGCACAUCAAUGAUGUGUGCUCAUCAUGGACUACAGGUAGCUUUUACAGGAAACUACAAAGAGUAUUUUGGAUAUGCAACAGAUGUUGAUGCUGUGGUUUAUCUGAUGCUAAUUAAUGAUCUUAUUCAUGGACUCUUCUCCGAGGCUGUUACGAUUGGCGAAGAUGUCAGCGGUAUGUCAACACUAUGCCUUCCUACGAAAGAUGGUGGGCUUGGCUUUGAUUAUCGCCUGCAUAUGGCCAUUGCUGACAAAUGGAUUGAACUUCUCAAGAAAAGAGAUGAAUAUUGGAGGAUGGGUGAUAUAUUUCACACACUCACUAACAGAAGGUGGUCGGAAAAGUGUGUGGCUUACGCUGAAAGUCAUGAUCAAGCCUUGGUUGGUGACAAGACUAUUGCAUUUUGGUUGAUGGACAAGGAUAUGUAUGACUUCAUGGCUCUGGACAGACCGUCAAAUCAUGUUAUAGAUCGUGGCAUAGCAUUACAUAAAAUGAUUCGGCUUAUCACUAUGGGUCUUGGUGGUGAAGGGUAUCUGAAUUUUAUGGGAAAUGAAUUCGGCCAUCUUGAGUGGAUUGAUUUUCCAAGGGGUGAUCAGCAUCUUCCCAGUGGCAAAGUAGUUACUGGGAAUAAUAACAGUUUUGAUAAAGGCGGGCGGAGAUUUGACUUGGGGGACGCAGAGUAUCUAAGAUGCCGCGGGAUGCAAGAAUUUGAUCAGGCCAUUCAGUACCUUGAAGAAAAAUGUGAUUUCAUGACUUCUAUUCACCAGUAUAUAUCGCGAAAAGAUGAAGAUGACAAGAUGAUAGUCUUCGAAAGAGGCAACCUCGUAUUUGUAUUCAAAUUUCACUGGUCCCACAGCUAUUUUGAUCACAGAAUUGGCUACUUAAAGCCAGGGAAAUACAAGAUUCUCUUGGAUUCAGAUGAUCCAUUGUUCGGAGGUUUCAGUAGGCUCGAUCACACUGCUGAAUACUUUACCACUGAAGGAUGGUAUGAUGAUCGUCCUCGUUCCUUUCUAGUGCAUGCACCUGCAAGAACAGCUGUGGCGCAUGCCCUUGCCGAUUAAGUUGGGCCGAUUCCAAUCAAACCUGCAAGAAAGUCACGACUCGCAGCGCCUCUGUACAUCCCUACUAAGUUAUAUCCGACCAACAUAAUUGGUCCUCGAGUUUAGACUUUAGACGACGCCCCCUGCAAAACAGCAAAGAAGCAGAACCAAAGCAGACAAUCGACCAGUGUGAAUGGCUCUUGAUUUUUGUGAGGCUCUUAAGUCUUGUUUAUAUGCCUUCCCUUGGGAUCCGGAGCAGUAGGCAUUCUGUUAACCAAGGAUUUAAUUAAAGUUCAGAAGUACAGUCUUCGUCGUAUUCACUGCUGCCCGCAGUAAGUACAGCCUCAGCAUUUUGGAAAUAAUACUUGUCUUGACUCU